AUGGCUCUUUUGCCUCCUCCUGUUCCUAGAAAUUUGGUUGCUCAGCCAGUGCCAUUUACCUGUCUAUAUGCCGAUGAGGCGAUUAUUGUUGUUGACAAACCCGCGGGUGUUAUUGUUCAUCCGGGAGCUUUGAAUGAGCAAGGGACUCUUGUCCAUGGCCUACUUCAAGAUUUUCCAGAUUUGCUUCAGAUGGGAGUACAAGCGGAUGGUAAACGGCCUGGUAUUGUUCAUCGUUUGGAUAAAGGAACUAGCGGUGUUAUGGUGGUCGCACGUACAGAAGCAGCCCGUCUGCAACUUAUUGAACAAUUUCAGUGUCGUGCCGUGAAGAAAAUCUAUAUUGCUUGGGUUUGGGGAGAAACGCCUUGUGAAGGUCGCUGGGAUGGUGCCAUUGCACGCCAUCCUAAACAGCGUAAAAAAUUUACAGUUAUUCCUCAUGGAAAACCGUCUUUAACUCUAUUUCGUACAAUUGCAAGGCAUCCAACUUCAAGCAAGAUAGAGUUAGAUUUGUGUACUGGUAGAACGCAUCAAAUUCGUGUUCAUGCGAGUCAGGCAGGAUAUCCACUUUUAGGGGACCCUCUUUAUAAAUCUCGGGGACGUAUUGUCCAGCAUAAGUUACAGGACUGGGGACCUGAGCGUGAGCGUCCUGCGUUACAUGCUUUACAGUUGGCUUUUGUACAUCCGACCCAUGGGGAAAAUAUGGUUUUUACGGCACCUAUUCCUAAAGAUUUGCAGCAAUUGGAUUGUUUAUAUGAGUCUCUGUAG